ACCGGCCACACCGGAGAAUUAGCUUUCCCCGAGCACUUUAGAAGCUACACAAUAUCGGACUUUUCGUUCCGUACAAUGUCGGCGACACUCCGACGCCUCAUCCUUCUCUCCUCCGCUAAUCGCGUUUGUAUUUUAUCUCCGACGUGUCUGUCCACCGCCGUGAAUCGCCACCUAUCUCUGUCUUUCUCUUCUUCGCCGGAAACACACACCUCCCUUUCCCGGACUCGAACCAGAACACCACUCGAGACUCAAUUCGAAACAUGGAUCCAGAAUCUCAAACCAGGAUUCACAAACUCAGACGUUGUAACAGCCUUACGAGCUCAAUCUGAUCCAGAUCUGGCGCUCGACAUCUUCCGAUGGACGGCUCAGCAACGAGGCUACAAACACAAUCACGAAGCUUACCACGCCAUGAUCAAACAAGCAAUCACCGGAAAACGAAACAAAUUCGUCGAAACCUUAAUCGAAGAAGUAAUCGCCGGCGCUUGUGAAAUCAGCGUUCCUCUCUACAAUUGCAUCAUCAGAUUCUGCUGUGGUCGUAAGUUUCUCUUCAAUCGAGCUUUCGAUGUUUAUAACAAGAUGCUUCGAUCUGAUAACUCGAAACCUGAUCUUGAAACUUACACUUUGCUUCUCUCUUCAUUGCUGAAGAGAUUCAACAAAUUGAAUGUUUGUUAUGUGUAUCUUCACGCUGUUAGAUCGCUCACGAAGCAGAUGAAAUCGAACGGUGUGAUUCCGGAUACGUAUGUGUUGAAUAUGAUAAUCAAAGCUUAUGCAAAGUGUCUUGAAGUAGAUGAAGCUAUAAGGGUGUUUAGAGAGAUGGCUCUGUAUGGCUCUGAGCCUAAUGCUUAUACUUAUAGUUACUUAAUUAAAGGGCUUUGUGAGAAAGAAAGGCUUGGACAGGGUUUAGGGUUUUACAAGGAGAUGAGGAGUAAAGGGAUGGUUCCUAAUGGGAGUUGUUAUAUGGUUUUGAUUUGUAGUCUUUCAAUGGAGAGGAGAUUGAAUGAAGCAGUCGAAGUUGUGUAUGACAUGUUGGCGAAUUCGUUGUCUCCGGAUAUGUUGACGUAUAAUACAGUUUUGACUGAGUUGUGUAGGGGAGGUAGAGGUAAUGAAGCUCUUGAACUGGUUGAGGAAUGGAAGAAACGGGAUCCGGUGAUGGGUGAAAGGAACUACAGAACAUUGAUGGAUGAAGUGUAUUUUUUAAAUAAGGGAUGAUUGAUUUGGUUCUGAUCAUUUAGAUUUACGAUCAAAUCGCUGAGUUCGGAAUAGGGCUAAACGUUGGAUCAGUUUGGGUUAAGAGUGUGUUUCCUACUCUGUGUAAAUGAACCUGAAGAUCUCAGUAAUGAUCAAGAUUAUAUUUGGAAUCCACAUUUCAGGUUGAAGCAUAGGGAUUGUAAGACUGAAGACUUGGGCGAUGAUCGUGUCUAGAGAUUCUGCGGUUUCUAUUGUUUAAAUGAUCUUAGAUCUCAUUAUGAUGUAUCCUUUUAGACGAAUGAUGUGUAGAUGAGGUCCUAUAUCAAUGGUUACUAUUAUUUACAAACCAAAAGCUGUACAACAUUUGUUGAUUUACAAAUGCUCUUUCCAUAUAAUAUUACUGAUGUAUAACAUAGUUAUAACAUUUGAAUGUU